AUGAGUGUGAAUAUGAAUCGAGAUAUGUCAGAACCAACUAAGAUAGAAAAGAAAGAUGAAUACGACCCUGAGGGCCUUGGUCUACAUCUCCACCCUUCACAAAUCGGUGAAGUCCAGAAUACUGAAACUCCAACCUACGAUGCGGUAUUCGGAGAGAUCACGGAAGAUGGACCAAACUAUCGCAAUGUCGGUUUCCUAGGUACCGUCGCCCUCAUGAUGAAAACCCAGAUCGGUUUGGGUGUUCUGUCGAUUCCUGCCGCUUUCGACGCACUAGGUUUAGUCCCCGGUGUCGUCUGUCUGUGUGCUAUUGCUGGUAUAACAACCUGGUCGGAUUAUAUCAUUGGGACGUUCAAGCUUCGACAUAGGGAAGUAUAUGGGAUUGACGAUGCGGGUCAGUUGAUGUUUGGACGUUUUGGGAAGGAGGUUUUCGGGGGUGUCUUCUGCCUUUAUUGGAUCUUUGUCUCCGGCUCUGGAAUGCUCGGUAUCUCGAUCGCCUUGAACGCAGUCUCGACACACGGUACAUGCACGGCUGUCUUCCUCGCUAUCGCUUUCGUUUUAGGGUUCGUUCUCGCUAGUAUCCGGACACUGGGACGGAUUAGUUGGAUUGCAUGGGUUGGUUUAGCAUGCAUUCUCACCUCAAUCUUCAUCGUCACCAUUGCCGUCGGCGUCCAAGACCGUCCUGCCGCUGCGCCCUCGCCAGAGGAAGCACUCGUCUGGGUCUCGGAUUACAAAAUCGUCAACAACCCGUCCUUCACGUCUGCCAUCAAGGCAGUUUCGACGCUUGCGUUCGCCUUUGCCGGUACACCGGCUUUCUUCGCUGUCGUGUCUGAGAUGCGAGAGCCGCGGUACUACACUCAGGCUAUGCUUAUCUGCCAGGGUGGCGUUACGGCUAUCUAUGUCACUAUCGGCAUCGUCGUGUACUAUUACUGCGGGUCGUAUGUUGCGUCGCCAGUCCUAGGGUCUGCCGGGGUCACUGUCAAGAAAGUUAGCUAUGGCUUUGCUCUGCCGGGGUUGAUCGCCACCACUACUAUAGUUACCCACAUCCCAGCAAAACACAUAUUCCUCCGCCUCCUCCGCAACACUCACCACCUAACCGCCAACACCCUAACCCACAAAGUCGUCUGGGUCGCCAGCACUUUCACCGUCGCCAUAAUCGCCUACAUAAUCGCCAGCGCAAUCCCCGUCUUCGACAGCCUGAUCUCCCUCAUCGGCGCAUUGCUGGGCACAUUCAUGAUGUUUCAGCCGAUGGGGUGCAUGUGGUUGUACGAUAACUGGAGCCGCAAGACAAUGGAACACGGAUGGGCGUGGUGGCGGUGGGCGGCUAUGGUGUGUUGGAGUGUGUUUGUGGUGCUGGCGGGUUUCUUUUUGACGAUUGCAGGGACUUACGGGAGUGUUGUUGGGAUUAUUGAGGAUUAUAGGGGGUCGGGGGGGAGUGCGGCGUGGUCUUGUGCGGAUAAUUCAAAUUCUGUGUAG